AUGCCCAAAAUACCAGACCAAUCAUCCCGCUACCAUGUAGCCGGCGAUGUCUUGGAGCACAAGGACUUCGAGACAUUAACACAUCCCAACUGGCUGAACGACAAGGUUGUCAAUGCCUACCUGCUUCUCCUCCGUAAUCAGGCCAACAUACAGGAUGACGGCCACAUCUAUGUUAUGCCUUCAUAUGUUCCUGUCCAAUGGAGCAGUAGCAAUCUUCAGCCAUGGCUUUUCCACAAGGUGAAACUUCACAUGUUCCAGUGGCUCUUAAUCCCAAUAAAUGUUGACAACAGCCACUGGAUACUUUUGUGUGCCAAUCCGGCAAAGAAGACGGUGUCUUUGCUGGAUUCGCUGCCAGGGAGAGACAACUCGAGGUACCUGGAGCAGUUCAGGAAGUACAUGGAUCUUCGCAGUGAGGCUACAGGAGAGCUGGCGGGUCACUGGAUGGAGGAUCGCCAGCUACAGUCAGCAAGGCAGACUGACGGGGUCUCGUGUCGAGCAUUUGUUCUACUGGAGUACAAAUGGCCUACUGUACCUUGA